AUGUCAAAAACACUUGAAAGGGCAUCGCUAAAGCAUCACAGGCCGUUUACCAGCGCGACAAGCCGACCUCCGCGAGGGCAUCGCCCACUUUCCACGAUGGCCAUGCACAAGUGCCGACCCAGCAGCAAGGACUCGCUCGCCGACAUGCACCCUCGAGGGGAGAGCACAUCGCUUUGGGGAUCAGACACAAAGAAUGGCUGCACGAACGAGCACGUCGAGCCCCAAGACGACGAGACGACGAUGGACACUGUGCGGUGGUUGCAUCUCGGACAGAGCACCGCUGCUCAUUCAUGUCGAGAAUGGCUCGCGCCCGAGAUUGUUGACUGUGAGAUGUGGAAGCCGUGCUGGGCCAACUGGGGCAGCUUUUUGACAUCUGUACGCCUCUCAGCCAAACAAGCCGCCGAGCAGAGAUACAUGCUCAAGAUCCCAAACCUGCCCGACCCCCUCGACAUCUCGACAAGUUUCAGCUGGUACUUGGCGAUGGAGGUAUUGUGGGCGGAGCUGGGACUGAACCCUCGCUUCUGGUGCCACUGUCCCCCGCCCGUCAUCCUGGUGUGCAGUGCCGAACAGGCAGUCAGGUGCCAGGCCAACGGCUGGAUCGACUCGGUAGCCUUGGAGCAUACCAUCUGCAGCAGCCAAAAUGAAACUGAAAUCGACAACAUGGAGCUGGAUAUUGUCGAGUAUGCUUCAACCGAGGCUGGCAAGGCAGCACAACCAAUACCUCCUGACCAGUUCGAGGCGAUGUUUGGCAAGGGCGAACUCGAGUUUGCCAUGUAUGGAAACGAUCAGGAGGCGCUCGGCGACGAAUUCAACGAAGAUGAAACCAACCACGAGGUCAUGGUUGGCGGUCUGGGCGACAAAGAACUCGGAGACGACUGCCGUUUGUGGGUUGAGGCAUGCAAGUUCUUCCGCCACGAUAUCGCAGAUAAAGAAACUGGUGUGCGGCUACCGGGCUUGACGAAGCCUUCUCGGAACUACCAAAUGCUCGACGCCUACAAGAUGCUCCGAGUAAGCGACUCCAUAACCUUCAACGGAACCCUCAACGCCUGCAAACCCGGCCUUGGAAAAACAUUUGAAGUGUUAAUGACGGCUGCUGUGAUAGCCCUAGCCCAUCUCAGUCGGGACCACUACAAGAGCAACAAGGACGAACACAAUGCACGGGGCCCAGGAGUUUGCGCCCUCAAUCACCCCUUCGGAAUACACUGUUACUGUGACCCGAACAGUUUGACUCGACAAAUCUGCCAGAGGACGACCAGAGCGCCGCAGCUCGUUGUGGCUCCGGCAGGCAUUGUCACGCAGUGGAUCAGCGAGGCGCACGACAAGCUUGAACACAAUGUGGUGUUCAAGAGUGGGAACAAAGUGAUCCAAGUCCUCGACCAGCCGCUGUUGUUAAUGGGGUGGGCUCACGGCGGCACCGUGCACCACAGCAACAAGUACAUCAAAGCACGCCAACCCGUUCAUCUCUCCGACUUUCAGGCCCAACUCCAAGUAACUGGGUAUCUGGAGGAAAAAACAAAAUACCGACGCAAGAUACUCAAAGAGCGCAACAAACACCUCAAGAAAAACGAGAAGCCCCUAGAAAAGAUUGACGACAACGAGCUCUACUCCUUCACCAUGAAGGAGCUCAGCAAACUCGAAGGUAUGACGUUGAAGAUCACGUAUCCCUCGAAGCUCCCAACAACAGACAUUGGUUCAGAGCGUCUGGUCCUUGUGUGCAGCUCCAACAUCAUAUCUCAUGGAAGCUUCGAUACAUUGUUCAGACAGGCUAUCCAGGUAUCUGAACACAAAAGAGGUAGCCCCCGAACCAUAUCCGUCUUGAGAUGCUUCCGGCCAUCCGCAGUGUAUUACGACGAGUGGACGGAGGCAAAGGGGAAGGACACCAAGAUGAUCCAAGUUCUCAACGACAUUUGCUCCAACGACACACACAGACAGAGGCCAUUGGUGUCCCUCCUGAGCGGGACUCCCAUGCCUCGGGGACCGAAAGACCUCGUCGGCGUUUUGCCGCUUAUCUCGAUGGAGGAGAACGUCGACCAGACUCUAGAAGAACUACUUGCAGCCUACCUGGCUGCAUAUAAGAGCAUGGGAGACAUGGCCGGUUUGAUGGACCCAGACUCGGGAUUGGUUAAUGCCUGGAGGGAGUCCCGGAACAAGCACCUCAGCGGCUGCAUGUUCGAGCGGUACUUUGGCAUGCCGUUCCUCGACGGCACGGUUCACGACCCACGCCCACAGCUGUUGCGCUACCCCGAAAAGUACUGCAAGACCGACGAGCAACAUGCCACCAAGCUCGAUGACAUGAAGCAGGCGCUCCGCAAGGUCAUCGAAAACUCCCGAAAGGCGGACGGAACCAUCGCCAUAUCCAAAUUGUCCAAGACCAGAGAGUUCCAGACCAUGCUCCGCUGCUCCGUGAUGCCCGGAAUCGCUGCCCUGCCCAGCGACGAGUGGGUUAAAGUGGAACGCGACUUUACGGCCGCCGCCAACUACGCCAGACAGCACAUUGCCAGUCUGGCAUGUGCUCAGCUCACCGCCGUGGAGCAGGUGGUCAGACAGCGACACGAGGGCAAGGUUGCCCAUGGUUUGGUCAUGACAAUGUACCCCCUCAAUGCGAGCAUUGUCGCGUCAUGGCUAACUCAUCGGAUGGGAGAUGCGGUCCACGUCGCCGAGGUGACGUCCACGUUGAAGCCCGACAAGAGGCGUAAGUUUGUCAAGGCCUUGGAGGAGAAGGCAUUGAAAAACCCCAACCGACCCAUUGUGGUUGUCUCUACAUACACUCUCCUCUCGACUGGCAUUGACGGCCUCCAGACAUUCGCCUCUUACCUUGUCAAACUGGGAGCGCCUUGGAAUAAUAAAUACAUUGAGCAGGCGGAGGGGCGCAUUCACCGAUCAGGGCAGAAGGAAUUGGUACGGAUGUUUUCCAUCCACGGCGAUGAGGGUUCACUGGAUUGGGAACUGAGCCUCAAGAACAACAGAAAUUUCAAGCUGCUCGGCAAGGACGGUAUAAUCAGCAGUAUGCAAGGACGAAGGGACGAUGUCCCCUUGUUUGUAGAACGUUACCUUGAGCACAGUGUGUGGAGGCUCAUCAAUGUCAUCCAAUUCAUCUUCCGUGGCCAGAUCCAGAGUGUUGAAUUAACGUCAGAUGAUCGACCCCUCCCACCCUCAGCAGCCACAGACCCGAACUUACAGAAACUAUCAAGUUUAUGCAAUCGGAGCGACGAGGAUAUGGCGCCAGAUACACCUUCUAGUCACAACACAACCGCCUCUCGUUUAUUUCAGCACACCUACGCCGGCUUCAUGUUGCAGUCUCUCGGCAACCCCCGAGCGCCAGCCGUCUCCAUUGUCAUGUAUUCGGCCCACCUCGCCUCGCCUACAUAUGUACAUCUCACAACCAGUCAAGUGGUCUCCAUCAAUCGCUGCGACUCGGAGCAUCAGCAAAUUCCUGCAUCCAAUCCGGCCAUCGCUUGGGCUGAGGGCAACUUGCAAUAUCCACUGUCAAGCACACGCUUUCAGCUUCUCCUCCCUUGA